AUGCUGCCGUCUUACACUACACCGCCGAACUUACAAACUUUCCAGUAUCACCCAUUUGCUACUGGCGCUAACUCUAACAUGAGAGAUUUCUCGGUUAAUGCUCUAUUAGCACAUCCACCAUAUAUUACAGCCCCUCAACCCGCUCCGAGUUCCUACCCAAAUUACGCAAAUCCAACGGCUUCGGGCGCUUUUCAUAACGCGCUGCCAUAUUAUAGCAAUUAUCCAAUCGGUUACAAUCAAUAUAAAGGAUACGUGAUGCCAUCUUCACAGGCUGGACCAUCACCAUACUCCAUUCCUUUCCCGACGUAUUUGCCACCACCACCUUCAACAAUUAAUUGCGACGCUAAAUCGAAAGGAAACGAAGAUAUCAAAGUAACGCUUGAAAACAAAGAUUUAUGGGACAAGUUUCAUAACUUGGGUACUGAAAUGGUCAUAACGAGAUCGGGAAGGCGAAUGUUUCCAGUAAUAAAGGUCAACGUUACCGGACUAGACAGCCGAGAAAAGUAUAUCAUGAUGAUGGAUAUUGUUCCGGCUGAUGACUACAGAUACAAAUUUCAUAAUUGUGCCUGGACGGUUGGAGGAAAAGCAGAUACAGAAAUUGUCCCAAGGAUGUACAUUCACCCAGACUCACCAUCUACAGGUUAUCAGUGGAUGCAGAAACCGAUUUCUUUUCAUAAGAUUAAACUAACGAACAAUGCGGACGACAAGCAUGGAUAUACUAUCCUUAACUCCAUGCAUAAAUACCAACCGAGGAUUCAUAUUAUUCAUGCCAACGAUUUGUUUCAGUACCCUCAUAACACCAUGAAAACGUUUGUCUUCAAAGAAACUGAAUUCAUUGCAGUAACAGCCUACCAAAAUGAGAAGAUAACCCAUUUAAAAAUCUACAACAACCCCUUCGCCAAGGGUUUCCGAGAUUCGGGAACCACAGGUUCUAAAACUUCUGAUCAUAACCAUACAAGGAAAGAUGAAGAAGAGGGUAGUGAUGAAGACAACUUAAUUGAAUCUAGUACCUGCAAAGAAAGCUCGCUUGAAAAUGUAUCGUAUAAAGAUGAUGCUUGUGACGUUACGACAUGUGCAGAAGUAACUAAAGGUGAAACAAACUCUGCAAGAAUAAAAAUUAGUAAAGAAUACCAAGAUGAUCCAAAAUCUAUCAAAAGCGUCAAGAGAGAGCUAGUAGAAAAGCCGAGUAACCAUAGGCACGAAAGAAAGUAUCACCCGUAUUGA